UUCCUCACUCAACCCCGUUAAUUCUAAAUUCCCAGUUCUUGAUUUCUUAUUAUAUAUUUUUAAUCUGUGAUGACGAGUGUUUGUGAGUUUCAAAACAUUUCCUAUCCGUUCUAUCUCAAGAAAGCUAUGGCGGAGUUGGAUGUGUCUCCGAGGAAGAUCCUGAGCCGCCGUGGCGCGGCGGAAGCCGAUGGGUUCUUGGAUUCUCCGACGAAGAUUGAAGGUGGGGUGUUUCAGAAGUUUCUGCCGUAUAAUGAUGUGGAGGAUGAGGAUGAAGAUGGGGAUCGUUAUUCCGCGGAUCAUUUUAGGAUGUAUGAGUUUAAGGUGCGGCGGUGCACGCGCAGCCGUAGUCAUGACUGGACGGAUUGCCCGUUUGCGCACCCGGGGGAGAAGGCCCGCCGGAGGGAUCCAAGGAAGUUUCAUUAUUCCGGCACCGUGUGCUCGGAGUUCCGCAAGGGGAAAUGUGGCCGGGGGGAUAACUGCGAGUUCGCGCAUGGGGUUUUUGAGUCGUGGCUCCACCCGGCUCGGUACCGGACGGAGGCGUGCAAAGACGGGAAGAACUGUAAGCGGAAGGUGUGUUUCUUCGCCCAUAGUUCCCGGCAGCUCCGGAUUCUUCCGGUGAACCGUUACUCAACGGGUUCUUUAUCUCCCGUCCACGAUCCCGCCGAGAAGAAUCUCCGGAAGAAUCUUUGCUGCCACUCUCCGACUUCCACUUUGAUGGGUAUUUCCCACUCGUCGCCGCCUCUUUCUCCGGCGAAAACCCCAUUUUGCGGAUACGGAAUGACGGCGGCUAAACUUAUCGAGAUGAUGAGUUACAAGGAAGCACUGACCCAACUGGUGAAUUCCCUGGAACAAGUCAAUCUCAACCCUCUUUCACCGGCGACCACAACCAUAAACCGCAUGACCCGACCCUUCUCCGGCAAUGACCCGAUCCAGUUCAGUCUUCCUAAUUCUCCGUCCACUCCAGGCCGCCACAGCUCCGGCAGCGAAUUUCUCACCCCACAGAGGAACACCGCCUUCUCCGACAACGGCGGCCUGACCGGAAUUGAUCUCGAUUGGGUGAAUGAUCUAUUAACAUAAAGAGAAUAUAUGAAGGUGCAUGGAGGGUGGAAUUCCUGUACAUACAGAUCGUUAUCAUGAGAGCACGGCUAAUGAAGAUGGCGGCGGUGCACCAUCGGUAUAUAUAUGUGUAUAUAUAUGCGAUGGGAUUAUGUGAUAAAUUAUUACUUAAUUUCCAGAUUUAAUGCUUGAUUAGCUGGUUUCCCAUUGCAUCAAACGCUUGUUAAGAGAGAGUAAUCUGAACUA